AUGCUGCUUCAAAUGAUUGCUUUCCUGCUUUUCACAAAAGAUGCCUUCUCUGAUGAUUCUCUUGUUGUGGAUACAAUGGAGGUACCCUCCGUGGAUCCACAUCCAAGUCUAGGUCUGGGCGCCAAUAUAUUUCCUUCAAAGGGAUUCCCUUUGCAAGACCGCCGAUUGGACCUUUAAGGUUCAAACCUCCGGAAGAACCAAUACCAUGGUCUGGAGUGAGGGACGCCAAAGAGGACGGACCAUUUUGUGUACAGUACAUCACCUUACUACCACAGCCAAAGGCGACAGGAGAAGAGGAUUGCCUACAUCUCAACGUAUUUACGCCUAAUAUUAAAGGAAGACUGCCAGUCUUGUUCCAUAUCCACGGAGGAGGUUGGAGCAGGGGUGCCAAGACUAUCACAGGUCCCGAGUUCUUGAUGGAUCAAGAUAUUGUCAUAGUGGAUACCAACUACAGACUGGGACCAUUUGGCUUCCUCAGCUUUGAAGAUGAAGUGAUGCCUGGCAAUCAAGGGCUGAAGGACCAAUUGAUGGCACUCCGUUGGGUAAAAAGAAAUAUCGCCAAGUUCGGCGGAGAUCCAGACAGAGUGACUAUAGUGGGUGAGAGUGCUGGCGCGGGGAGCGUUUUACUCCACAUCGUGAAUCCCCUCAGUAGGGGAUUGUUCAGCGGAGCUAUCGCUCAAAGCGGAAGUAGCUACAACGUAUGGUCUGUUAGUCCUCCUGGUGUUGCCAGAGCCAGGGCUAAGAGACUGGCCAGCCUGAUGUCAUGUCCUUUGAAGGACACGAAGCAAGUCGUUGCCUGUCUUUCUAGGAAGGAUCCUACAGAUAUUAUCAAGCAACUUAGAUAUUUUUUACAAUGGCAGGUAGACCCUAUGAUAACGUUUCAACCAUCUCUUGAACCAGCUGGACCGGAAGCCUUUCUCACCGGACCGAUAAAGAAGUGGAAGCACGCUCCAGUUCCACUCCUCUUAGGGCUUAAUUCUGCAGAAGGAUUCGUAAGGACUAGAUACUUCCUCAAAAUGAAAAUGGAUUUCAAGUGGUUGAGUGACUAUUUCGAUAAUGUAGCUGCUUUAUCUAUUGAUUACGUACACAGUGCUAUAAAUCCCAUUGAGGUGACCAAGAAGAUCAAGAAAUUCUAUUUUAGUGAUGGAGUUAUCACUGAAUCGAAUUGGGAGAAUGUUACUAACUUGUAUUCUGACGCGUGGUUUACUGCGGGUGUGUUGGAGGCGGCGGACAAACAUCCUGGAGAUGUCUACUUCUAUUAUUUCGACUAUUUGGGGGUUCCUACUUCGGGACCUUCUGAUCCUAGUCUAGCUUUUGGCGCUGCCCACACUGAUGAGGUAUUUUAUAUUUGGAAACGCGGGUUCCUUUCAUAUAACCUUACAGAAGAACAAGAAGAAUUUUCAAAGAAAAUGGUAAAAGUGUGGACAGAUUUUGCCAAGUAUGGAAAAGCUAUUUCUCCUACAAAUCAAUUGGAUUGGGAAAAAUGGUCUAGAGAAAGGCACAACUUCAUGUACAUCAGCAACCAAGGUUUCUUCUUAAAAGAAAAAUUACUUGAGGACAGAAAUGAAUUUUGGAAAAGUCUUAAUUAUAAAGAUAAAUAUGAAUAA